AAACAGUUUUUUGUGCACAUAAGAUUUGGACUGCCAGUGGGCUAUAAAAUGACCUUAAUCAAGUACUGUACUUUUAUUGGUGUUCUGCAACUCAUCAAGAAACCUACUUUACCGACAUUGAAUUUUUUUAGCCAAACUGUAAACCACAAGAUGUGACUGUGAUUCUUCCUCUUUCAGAAUUCAUUACCUACCUUCUCCAGCACAUCGGCACCUAUGUGGAUCCGACAGUGCUCGUGAACAAAAUAAAAAGCGGCGAACAGAUCCCCGGCCUCAAAAAUUCGCUCGUGAAAAUGUUGCGCGACUACAACCUGCAGGUUUCCGUGCAGGAAGGCUGCAAAAAAAUCCUCGUGUCCGACUACUUCAACUUGCACAACAAAUUGGUCCGUAGUCAGCAGAGGGGCGUAGGCGUGAUCGACGAGAUGGUGUGCAGCGCCUGUCAUCGUUCCGUUAUCACGCGAGACGUGCUGAGGCUAAAUAAUAUCGUCGUCUACAACUGCAAGCAUUGCUUUCACGAGCAGUGCGUCGGCAACCAAACGUCAAACUGCGGCAUCUGCCACCCGACUAAGAACACGUAGCGUCAGAGUAUGAAAAUUCCUAUCCACCCACGCAGUUAUACGGGAGCCGGCCUGGUGUCCGUCGACGUCAAACUCCGAAGAAAGAUGUACCAGAAAUUUACAAUUUGUUCUUUCGUAACGCGGCUUGAGAUUAAUAAUAAAUUUGUCUAGUUCGUGGUCGGAUAACGACUUUUUACCUGAGUACGACAUAAGUUCUAUUUAUUCGUUAAUUGUAAGCAAAUGUAAUUUACCGAUCCUUUUGUCAGCUACCAAAUUCGUAAUCAGCUCAACGACACUUUGGCUUAGGCCGGACUGUUGGCGUAGAGGAGGAUUUUUACCUUUCGCCGAUUGCACGUCGAGACAUAAUCCGCCGACGACGGUCGGUAGUUGAGAGGUGGGGCAGGAGGUGAACGAACCAACGACUAGUGUCUCGCGAAAUGUCAGUUUGUUGUAUAAAUCGUCGUCUGAAAUGUAAAUGUUUUUGUAAGGCAUUAUUUUGUUACAUAUUUAUCUCAACAAAUAUAUUUAUUAUACCUA